CUUCCCCUUCCCGCCCGCUCUCCGUUUUCCCUCAGUCGACUGGAGCCUCCAGUUUUGGCUUUCACUCCCACCAGUGACCAAAGACUUGACCACUCCAAGUCCAGCUCCCUGUAACUACUAGGCAUGGACACCGGUGUGAUUGAAGGUGGGUUAAAUGCCACUCUCACCAGCAGGCUACUUAUGCAUGGAAAGGAAGUUGGCAGUAUCAUCGCAAAGAAAGGAGAAUCCGUUAAGAAGAUGCGCGAGGAGAGUGGUGCCCGGACCAGCAUCUCAGACGGGAACUGUCCUGAGAGAAUCAUCACUUUGGCUGGCCCGACUAAUGCCAUCUUCAAAGCCUUUGCUAUGAUCAUUGACAAACUGGAAGAGGGCAUAAGCAGCUCUAUGACCAAUAGCACAGCUGCCAGUAGACCUCCCGUCGCCUUACGGUUGGUGGUUCCUGCUAGUCAGUGUGGCUCUCUCAUUGGGAAAGGUGGUUGCAAGAUCAAGGAAAUAAGAGAGAGUACAGGGGCUCAGGUCCAGGUGGCAGGGGAUAUGCUUCCCAACUCAACUGAGUGGGCAAUCACUAUUGCUGGCAUUCCGCAAUCCCUCAUUGAGUGUGUCAAACAGAUCUGCGUGGUCAUGUUGGAGACUCUCUCCCAGCCCCCCCACCCCCACCCCAAGGGCCUGACCAUCACCUACAGGCCCAAGCCCUCGAGUUCUCUAGUCAUCUUUGCAGGUGGUCAGGACAGGUACAGCACAGGCAGCGACAGUGCGAGCUUUCCCCACACCACCCAGUCCAUGUGCCUCAACCCUGACCUGGAGGGACCACCUCUAGAGUUGACCAAGCUGCACCAGUUGGCAUUGCAACAGUCUCAUUUUCCCAUGACCCAUGGCAACACCGGAUUCAGUGCAGGUUUGGAUGCAUCUGCUCAAACUACUUCUCAUGAACUCACCAUUUCAAAUGAUUUGAUUGGCUGCAUAAUCGGGCGUCAGGGCGCCAAAAUCAAUGAGAUCCGUCAGAUGUCUGGGGCGCAGAUCAAAACUGCAAACCCAGUGGAAGGAUCUACUGAUCGACAGGUCACCAUCACUGGAUCUGCUGCCAGCAUUAGCCUGCCUCAGUGACCUUAUCAAU